AGGUCUUUGGCUGCCAUGUUUGUGACCAAGAUGACUUUUGGCCUAUUGGCCCUGCUGCUGGUUACAGCUGAAGGGAAGCCUAUUGAGAAGGACACUUCUGCUGAGCUGUCUGUUUCUGAACUGUUGCAUAGAGCCAAUAGAGGCAUCAUUCCUAAGCCUGAUGAGCCCAAGCUGUUGGAUGACAUUGCUGUGAAUGAGAAAAAUGCUGAUCCCUGCACCUCCUACAACUGCCUCUGGCCCAAGUACAGCGAUGGCUAUGUAUAUGUACCUUACGUCAUCGCCAACCACUACUCCUCCUAUGAGUUGGAUGUCAUCCGCCGUGGUCUGGACUCUUUCUCUUACAGCACCUGUAUCCGCUUCUUCCCCCGCACCAAUGAGAGAGACUACAUCAGCAUUGAAUCCCGCAGUGGAUGUUACUCAUAUGUUGGUCGCCAGGGUAAUGCUCAGACUGUAUCUCUGCAACGUGGUGGUUGCACUUACCACAGCACUGUGCAGCAUGAGCUGAUCCACGCUCUUGGCUUCAACCAUGAGCAAACCCGCAGUGACCGUGACAACCACAUCCAAGUCAUCUGGGAGAACAUCCAAGAUGACAUGAAGUACAACUUCAACAAAAUCAACACCCUAAACCAGGGAACUCCCUAUGACUACAACUCUGUGAUGCAGUACGAGAGAUAUGCUUUCUCCAAGAAUGGCUAUCCCACUAUGAUUCCCAUUCCUGACAACAAUGCUCCGCUAGGCACGGCUACUGAGAUGAGCCAGAAUGACAUCAUCAGAAUCAACAGGCUCUACCAGUGCUGUGAGUGA